CAAUAUUUUCCUCUAAAAUGGAGUGAAGUCACAGUAUGAAGUUGCACAAAAUCAAAAUACAGAUAACCUUACAAUUGUGCAUCAUACAGAGUAAAUGUAAUUAGUUACUUUCCACCAAUGUUAACCACCAUUUAACAUCACUGUGGCACUGGGAUUUGGGCUGCACUAUCACUACAAAGUAAAAUGGACCAUCUUACUCAAGACAGGCACCAAGUUCCAGAUUUCAGAUGUACAACCCGGCCACUAGGGGCGUCACACCCCCAUUACCAAACCAAGUUCACGCUGCACCCGACAGAAUAAACCAAAAGGCAACACCCGAGAAGAACAAAACCUCCUGUCUGCUUGUGUAUCGGCAGCCAAGCAGGGUCUCGGCGUUGGUGUUGACAUGCAGUGGCCAUAACGCGCCGUGCACGUCUGGGAAGGAGACGACGCUGUCUGCAAUUCGGAUCGAGAUGAGCAGUGGCACCAAAAGAGAGAUGGAGCAGAAGAGGAAGCUGCAGCACUUUCUGAGCGACAUGGCUUUGCUCGGAUCAUUACAGGGUUUUAAAUACUUCCAGCCUUGGCUUAGAGGAAAAGAGGAGUUGCUGCUAACAGUUGUCAACGAAGAUCUGGGCUGGCGUUCCCCAGGAUUUGUGGUGUCCAGAGCCUCCUCCUACUCAUCCACCAGCAGCUGUAACAGCAGCGAUGCCUCCCCCAGCAGCAGCUCCCCCAGCCUGGCCAGUCAGAGCAGCUCUCCCCUGGCUGGGGAGCCUCUGGGCCUACAAGACACCCAGUCACACACCAAAACAAAGCCACACCAUGCCAGGGAGCCCAGCAGUGAGGAACAUCUUCUCCCAGCAUCUCCCAGUGAAAGAGAGAUAGCAGUACCUGAAGUGAACUGCACUCUCUUUUUACUGGCCGGCUACGUCAAGUACGGACGCCCCUACGCCUGGAUACGCUCCAACCACGAGCGCCUGGUCAAUAUUGGAGGCACUGAUUCAAUGAUCAAGGACACUCCCAUGAAACUCAAGUCCAUUACAGACUGGCAGACACAAGGUAUUCGUGUGUGGGACGUCAUCAGUGAGCUGGUGUGUUUGUGCACCGUUCCAUCUCCAUCCAACCCUUUUGCCCUGGAUAUGCGUUACAUCAAAAGUCUUCCCCUCCCAGACCGGUUCCUUGUCACAGGGGGUCUACUAAACUUCCUGGAGAUGUAUGUGGUUUACGGGAACCGGGACGAGCUGCACUAUGACAAAGUUGUAGAGGAGGUGAAGCCUCUGAGGCGUCUCCAUGUCCAGUCCCUACUGGAGUUACAGCAACACAGAGAAAACACCAGGAUCGCCAGCAGUCCAACAGUGCAGGACUCUUCUGGAGAGGAGUGAUCGGUCAUUUGUAUAUGAUCAACUUCAAAAUGAGAUUCUCUGUGAACUUUUACCUACUUCUUCUACGAAAAAAAGUGUGAAAUCUCACUAGAAUGACUGUAAAUGAAUGUUCAUUUUUUAUGAUCUUUGUGCUUUGGUUUCAGUAAUUGGAUGCAGUUAAAGAGGAUACCCUCUGAAUCAUCAUGUUUGUAACAUGUACAAACAAAAUGUCUGAACAGAGCUUGUCACAGCACUCAUGUUGACCACACACACACACACUGUACUGUUUGUUUCAAGGCUGCACAGUCAGAACAUUAUCUGUGUCUGUACUACAGUUGGAAAGUAGUAUGUAUCAGAUGGUUUUGAAACAAAACAGGAAAAAAUAACCCUGAGAAAUGAGUCACCUCUGAAUGUCUUGCCCUGCCACCCUUCAAUCUCUUCCUCUCCCACACACACUUAAGACAGGAAUUCUGUUUUCUUCAGGCCAAAUACAACAUUUUCAAAGCCUGGAAUCAUCUACCAGGGUCAAAGUCGGCUUGAAAGUCACCACAGUAUGAAAACACAAAAACAAAUAAGCUGUAUAAAAGUUUUUAAUAUAUCAUAAAACAUUAAAUUAAAUAUGUACACUGACAAAACAGUACAUUGAUAAUACAUCUUAAAGCAGGCAUUUUUACCCCCUUUUCUGAGAUGGAGGUUGUGCCAUUUGUAAGAGAUACAUCACGAGUACAAAAUGUUAAAACUGACAGGUAAAAACUAAGCGGCACACCAGUCAAAAAAACCACAGGCAUCGCUCCUGUUAAAAAAAAGGCAACUCUAGCUUUGUUGUGGUCAGAAAACAAAAUGAGAAGUGAAUAGUAGCCUCAGGUGUAGCACUAAUCAUCUAGUCUCUCAUUUAUAAACCUUAAACAGAAAUUGCCAUCAUGAGAGAGCGUUAUGCAAUACUGCACAUAUCACUGCCUAAAACCGUCACUUUAAAUAGACUUAAGUAGUCAGGGCAUCAUUUAUAGCUUUGGUUAAUGUGAACAAUCCACCAGCUCCAGAGUUAAAAGCACACCGUAGCACCUUUUGAUGAGGCUGCUCAAAAUGCAAAGUCAUGGUUGCACAUAGAGAAGAAUUUGGGGCUUUUAAAGGAGACUCUCCAUCUCAGAUUUCCCUUAUUGGAAUGCAGGUGCACGGCCGCACGCUCCCCGCAGAGACGCCACAUGGAAACACAGUGUCCCCAGACACAAACCAAAGUCAUGGCUGUGUUCUUGCCCCCACAUAAAUGCACAUAAUUUAUUUCUGAACAGUGAGGAUGUGUUUGUUAGCGAGAUGUGUAGCACAUAAGGGGAUUUCGUUGACCCUGCAGAGGCAUUUUUAAUUUAUAACACAGGUGCUGGGCCUGUUAUACAAUUCAUAAAAGCAAAUGACCACUUAAAAUGUGGUGAGAAACAUGUUAUUUCCAGAGUUUGACAUUUUCAGAAGUCAUACUUUACAGUUGGAAA